AGAAGAAGAAGAAGAAGAAGAAGAAGAAGAAGAAGAAGAAGAAGAAGAAGAAGAAGAAGAAACUAGCCAACCGAGAGGUCCUGACGCUUUGUUGAACUGAGCGCUCUGUUAGCUACCGGAGCUAACCGUGCUAACGGUGCUACCGGAGCUAAGGACCGGUUUCGCAUCCCGAUCAUCUGAACCGGGUUCUGUUUCGAGUCGUAUAUUCAUUCUUGUACCCAGAAUAAACGUUUAAUCUGCGUCACCGGAGCCGAAGGAGUCUGGUGAGACAUGGAGCUGGCUUAUGUGUGUGAGUGGGAGAAGCGUCCUAAGAGCACCCACUGUCCCUCCAUCCCUCUGGUCUGCUCCUGGUCCUGCAGGAACCUGGUGGCCUUCACCACGGACCUAAAGAACGACGAUGACGACAAAGAUGUCAGUCACAUGAUCCACAUCAUCGACACCGAACACCCCUGGGAUGUUUACUCUAUCAACUCAGGUCACGCUGAGGUCAUUUCCUGUCUGGAGUGGGACCAAUCAGGCUCAAGGCUGCUUUCGGCCGAUGGCGAUGGGCAGAUUAAAUGUUGGUCGAUGUCGGAUCACCUGGUGAACAGCUGGAAGAGCGUCCUGUCCAGCUCCGUGGACGGAGACCCCAUCGUAGCUCUGAGCUGGCUGCACAACGGCGUCAAACUGGCGCUGCACGUGGAGAUGUCCGGCUCCACUAACUUCGGAGAGAAGUUUUCCCGGGUGAAGUUCUCUCCGUCGCUGACUCUGUUUGGGGGGAAGCCCAUGGAGGGCUGGUUGGCCGUGACGGUUAGCGGUCUGGUCACCGUGUCGCUGCUGAAGCCGGGCGGCGCUCUGCUAACGGCCAGCGAGAGUCUGUGUCGACUCAGAGGACGAGUGGCGUUGGCCGACAUCUCCUUCACUGGGGGAGGCAACAUUGUGGUGGCGGCCACCGACGGCAGCAGCUCCUCCCCCGUUCAGUUCUACAAGGUGGUGGUGAGCGUGGUCAGUGAGAAGUGUCGCAUCGACACCGAGCUGCUGCCAUCGCUCUUCCUGCGCUGCACCACCGACGCCCUGAGGAGAGAGAAGUACCCGGCCGUCACCCACCUCAAGUUCCUCACCAAGGAGAACUCGGAGCAGGUUCUGUUGUGUGCGUCCAAUCAGACUGGCAGCAUCGUGGAGUGUUGGUCUCUGAGGAAGGAGGGACUUCCUGUCAACAACAUCUUCCAGCACCGAUCACCCGUCGUGGGGGAGAAGCAGCCGACCAUCCUGAAGUGGAGGAUCCUGACGACCACCAACGACCUGGAGCGAGUGUCGGCCGUGGCUCUGCCCAAACUGCCCAUCUCCAUCUCCAACACCGACCUGAAGGUGGCGUCAGACACCAAGUUCUGCCCCGGGCUGGGUCUGGCUCUAGCGUUUCAUGACGGCAGUAUCCAGAUCCUCCACCGCCUGUCCCUCCACACCAUGGGUGUCUUCUACGGGUCCUCGUCCUCAGCUCAGAGACCCGGAGACGAGUCAGCCAUCAAACGCCAGAGGACCACAGGCCCCGCCCUCCACUUUAAGGCCCUGCAGUUCUCCUGGACCUCACUGGCUCUGGCUGGAGUGGACAACCACGGAAAGCUCCACAUGCUGCGGGUGUCGCCCUCGAUGGGUCAGGUGCUGGAGAUGAACACUACGCUGCGCCACCUGCUGUUCCUGCUGGAGUACUGCAUGGUGACCGGCUACGACUGGUGGGACGUCCUGCUGCACGUCCAGCCCAGCAUGGUGCACAACCUGGUGGAGAAGCUGCAUGAGGAGUACAUGAGGCAGAACCAGGCUCUGCAGCAGGUGCUGGCCACUCGUAUCGUGGCCGUGAAGGCGUCUCUCUGUAAACUCUCCACGGCCACGGCGGCCCGAGCCUGUGAUUUCCACGCCAAGCUGCUGCUGAUCGCCAUCAGCUCCACCCUCAAGUCUCUGCUGAGGCCUCACGUCCUCAACACUCCCGACAAGAGUCCAGGAGACCGUCUGACGGAGAUCUGCGCCAAGAACACCGACACAGAUAUCGAUAAGGUCAUGAUCAACCUGAAGACAGAGGAGUUCGUGUUGGACGGACCCCCCCUCCAGUCCCUGCAGCAGCUCAUCCAGUGGGUGGGAGACUUUGUCCUCUACCUACUCGCUAACCUGCCCAACCAGGGUUCCAUGGUGCGGCCUGGGUUCGGGUUCAUGAGGGACGGGGCGUCUCUGGGGAUGCUGAGGGAGAUGCUGGUGAUGAUCAGGAUCUGGGGUCUGCUGAAGCCGGGAUGUUUGCCCACCUUCACGGCCACAUCAGACAACCAGGACAGCAUGCAGCUCCUGUUCAGACUGCUCACCAAGCUGUGGCUCUGCUCCCGGGACGACGGCCCCCCCCAGGACCCUGAUGAAAGCCUGAUAGACGAGUGCUGCCUGCUGCCCAGCCAGCUGCUGGUCCCCAGCAUGGACUGGCUCCCGGUCAACGACGGCGUCAUCGUCCGGCUGCAGGGAAAACACCCCCUCAGGCUGCAGUUUGGAAAAGCUUCAUCUCUGCCCGGAGCAGGAACCACCGCCCCCCUGGAGGUUUUCACCAGGAGUCCGGGUUCUCAGAGGAUGGACAAUCUGCGUUGUGUUCAUAUGGGAGUCUGUCCCACCGAGGAGAGUAAAGCCUGCACCAGGUGCGGCUGCGUGACGAUGCUUCGCUCUCCCAACAAGACCAACGCCAUGAAGCAGUGGGAGCAGCGCUGGAUCAAGAACUGUCUGUGUGGAGGUCUCUGGAGGAGGAUCCCCCCCACACUCACCUGACCUCCCCCCACACUCACCUGACCUCCCCCCCACACUCACCUGACCUCCCCUGACCUCCCCCCACACUCACCUGACCUCCCCUGACCUCCCCUGACCUCCCCCGACC